AUGAAAAUUAGUUAAAUUAAGUUACUUUUGGGCUCUCUAGCUAUAGUACUAGGACUUGAGAAGAGUCCAAUACACCAGACCAAUGAUUUUAAAGAUAUCUUUGACGACCAGUACAAUGAUGAAAGAGCAUAUGAAAAUGCAAACAGUCUUCCGAAAUCAAAAGCGUAAGAAGUAAAAUCUUUAAAUCUUGGGGAAAAUGUUAAAGAUUAUCAGAAAACAAUAAAAGUCCCAUUAGAAAACUACUAUAAUAUUCAAUACUUUGCAAAGUUGUAUAUCGGAUCUAAUCUUAUCCCAAUAAGUGUGAUAUUCGACACUGGAUCAUCAUCACUUUGGAUUUCUGCAGCCGAUUGUAUCGGUUGUCCGCAUCUUGCAGAUCUUUACAAUUAAUCUUAGUCCUUUACAUAUUUUAAAGAAACUAGUGUUAGUGAUCAUAUAAGUUAUGGAGCAGGUGAAGUCUAUGGAUAUAACUCGACAGAUGUAAUUUGCCUAUCAAAUAGCAAAAACAAUUUUUGUAUGAAUGAAGUCAAGUUUAAACUUGUUACUGAAGCAAGAGAUUUUCAUGGUCUAUAAGCAGAUGGAGUCUUAGGACUAUCUCCUAAGAACUUUGAGAAUAGUGUAGAUAAUCUCAUCAGCUAACUGGUAGAUGGAGGCCUUAUUGAAAGAAGAAUGUUCUCAAUGAUAAUUGGAGCAAGUGAUGAAAACCCUCAUAUUCUAUUUGGAGGGUAUAAUAUGAGAUAUGCAAAGGAGGGUGAACAAUUAAGAUGGCAUAAUUUAGUAAAUAACAAUUUUUGGACUGUUAAUAUGUCUUCAGCAACUAUAAGUGAUUAGGCUUUAAACAAAAUUUCAAAUUCAGCGAUAGUUGAUUCAGGAAGUUCUUAUAUAUUAUUGCCAGAAGGAGAUUUCUAGGUAUUUACGAAGAUUAUUAGCAAAGAUAGAUCUUGCUAUUUUGAUGCUUUAGGUACUAAAGUAUACGUUUGCAAAUGUUGGAUGGAAAAUUAUAAAGAUUUCCCAGAUAUUGACAUAGUUAUUGAUGAUUAAAAAUAUGUCAUUCCCUCAUCAUCUUACGUGUAGAAGAGCGGGUUUACUUGCUUUAUAAAAGUUGUGCCACAAAAUUAGAUGUUUAGUAAUUAUUGGAUAUUAGGUGAUAUAUUCAUUCAAAAUUACUAUUCAGUAUUUGAUAUUGAUAAUUAAAGAGUAGGCUUAGCAAGAUCUAACCAUGUCGAUAAUCACUGGAACUGGAAGUUAUAUGCAUAUCUUAUUUCUUAUUCUCUGAUUGGCGCAGGAUUAACUUCUCUUCUUUAUCAAUAUAUUUAAGAGAGAAAAUUAAAGCAGAGAGAAAAAAUAGAAAGAUAGCAACUUGAGCAGAUUAAAUUAUCUGAGUCAGAUGAGUUUUCAUUCGAAGAUGAGGUUUGA